AUGGAGCUCGGUGGGAAUAGUCCCUUCAUUGUGUUUGACGACGCCAAGAUGGACACUGCAGUUGAAGCCUGCAUCCUCGCGAAGUUUCGUAACUCCGGCCAGACCUGCGUCACUGCAAACCGCAUCUUCGUGCAAGAAGGCAUUUAUGACGAAUUCGCAAAGGCGCUUACCGAGCGUGUCAAAACGCUACAAGUUGGAAACGGGGUAAAGGAAGGCGUCUUCGUUGGCCCACUGACGCAUGAAUGUGCAGUGGAAAAAGCUCUCCAUCACAUUGAAGACGCCAAGUCCCAUGGAGCGUCCGUCGCCUUAUGGGGGGUUUUUGCGCCUGUAGUAGCUCUCUAUCGAUUCGAAACCGAGGAAGAAGUCAUCUCAAGGGUGAACGACUGUGAAGUUGGGCUUGGAAGCUUCAUUGUUACCGAGAGUAUGGCGCGAAUGUGGCGUGUUGCUGAAAAUCUCGAGGUGGGAAUGGUCGGUGUCAAUCAAGGACUGCUUUCUGCUUGUGAAAGCCCAUUUGGCGGUGUCAAGGAAUCUGGAUAUGGGAGAGAAGGUGGACGGCAGGGCAUAGAGGAGUAUCUCACGGUGAAGAGUAUCCUCAUCAAUAUCGCGACGUAG